AUGACCCUCUCGCGACAAGGGUCCCUUUGGGGCCUGCUGCUGCUUGCUGGUCUGGCGCUUGCCCAUGGUGGCCAUGAGGCUGUUCCGGAGGGCGAGGCUAUCUCGUUGGAACCCAUUGAUUCCACGUUAUGGACGCAUAUGAUUCUUAUGGGUACUGCCUUUGGUAUUAUUUUCCCGUUGGGAAUGGUUCUUGGUAUUGUCCGUUCGCGCUGGCACGUCCCCGUUCAAAUCGUCGGCACCAUCAUCGCCGUGCUGGCUUACUUCCUCGGUCACGCUCACAAAGGUCGCCAAUUCGGCAAAAACGCCCACGCCUCGUUCGCAAACUGGCUCAUGCUGCUCCUGGUCGUGCAGGUCGUGCUUGGAUUCUACCUGAAGUUACAUCUGGAAAAGGCAGGCCAGGGUCGGAUCCGAUGGAUCUUCGUUCUCGCACACGGUAUCGUCGGCAAGAUCAUGCCGAUUGUGAGCUGGACGCAGAUGCUGUUUGGUGGUAUUGCGGCCCUGGGCUUCUGCCAGGGUGAUCAUAUGGGACAGUGUCUGGCGCAUUUUAUCAUGGGCAGUGCUUUCAUUGCUUAUGGUAUUUGCUUGACUAUUCUGUUGCUGGUGGGUCAGUACUGGCUUCGCCGCACGGGCCGGAGCCAAGAAUUCUUCGACUCGUUGAUUAUCGCUGCGUGGGGCUGCGUCAAUACCUUUACUGAACACCGCUGGGGCGGUCCCUGGGUCCACAAUGAUCUCCAGCAUACCACUAUGGGUAUCGUCUGGUGGUGUGCCGGUCUACUGGGCAUGUGGUUGAGCCGUAGCCGUAAUGGCCGGCCCAAGAGGAACUUGAUUCCUGCUAUCGUUAUCGGUCUGACUGGAUAUGCGAUGUCGGCGCACACCCAGACUUUGAUGAUCAGUACUAUGGUCCAUAGUAUCUUUGGAUACACUCUGAUGGCUGCAGCUCUGACUCGUAUCAUCGAGAUCUCGUUCGUCCUGCGUGACAAGCCUAAUGUCAGCAUUAGCGGUGCCGACCCGAACAGCUUCCAGUACCUCACGCCUUUCUUGCUCUAUGCCUCUGGCUUCUUGUUCAUGGGUGCCACGGAGGAGCAGAUGGAGUUGCUCAGCCAGGCGGGUAUCAUGCACGUCUCGUACAUCUUGAUCUUGUAUAGCAUCGCCUUUAUCCUCUUCCUCUUUGUCAACAUCCUCCUUCACAUCUACGCCGUCCACGCCUGGCCCGAGGGUGCCCCCGAGGAGGAAGAAGAAGAAGAGGCUCACAAGUACGCCAACGCUAAUGGCAACUACAUGAACGGCCGCACGAGGACCGCAGAUGCCCAGCGCAUUUCUGACGCCGAGGCUUUUGAAUUGGAGGGCCUGAUGAGUGAUGACGAGGACGAAGCUGGUUCCUCGAUGCGACCUAAAAAGACGACUGACGAGGAGAUGGGUGCUAAAGAGGCUUCUCGGUCUUGA